AUGACGACGGCCAUCCUGGAGCACCUGAGCACCCUGUCGGUCAGCGGGCAGCAGCUGCGCCGCCUGCCCAAGAUCCUGGAGAAUGGGCUUCCCAAGAUGCCUUGCACAGUCCCCGAGACAGAUGUGCCCCAGCUGUUCCGGGAACCGUACAUCCACACAGGCUACCGCCCCACGGGCCACAGGUGGCGCUACUACUUCCUCAGCCUCUUCCAGAAACACAACGAGGUGGUCAACGUCUGGACCCACCUGCUGGCGGCCCUGGCCGUCCUCUUGCGAUUCUGGGCCUUUGCCGAGGCCGAGGCCUUGCCCUGGGCCUCGGCCAGCACCCUGCCCCUGCUCCUCUACGUCCUGUCCUCCAUCACGUACCUCCUGUUCAGCGUGCUGGCCCACCUGCUGCAGUCCCAGUCGGAGCUCUCCCACUAUACGUUCUACUUCGUGGACUACGUCGGGGUGAGCAUCUACCAGUACGGCAGCGCCCUGGUCCACUUCUUCUACACCUCCGACCAGGCCUGGUACGAGCACUUCUGGCUCUUCUUCCUGCCGGCAGCCGCCUUCUGUGGCUGGCUGUCUUGCGCCGGCUGCUGCUAUGCCAAGUAUCGCUACCAGAAGCCUUACCCGAUCAUGAAGAAGGUGUGUCAGGUGGUGCCCUCGGGGCUGGCCUUCAUUCUGGACAUCAGCCCCGUGGCCCACCGUGUAGCCCUGUGCCACCUGGCGGGCUGCCAGGAGCAGGCCGCCUGGUACCACACCCUCCAGAUCCUGUUCUUCCUGGUCAGCGCCUACUUCUUCUCCUGCCCGGUCCCCGAGAAGUACUUCCCCGGCUCCUGCGACAUUGUGGGCCACGGGCACCAGCUCUUCCACGUGUUUCUGUCCAUCUGCACGCUUUCCCAGCUGGAGGCCAUCCUCCUGGACUACCAGGGGCGGCAGGAGAUCUUCCUGCAGCGCCACAGCCCCCUGUCUGUCUACAUGGCCUGCCUGUCCUUCUUCCUGUUGACCGCCUGCAGCACCGCCACGGCCGCCCUCCUGAGGCGCAAAGUCAAGGCCAGACUGAUGAAGAAAGAGUCCUGA